AUGAGUCUCGACGUGACAACCGGGGUGAUCAACCCCGAGACGCAAGGCGGACGUCGAGAAGCAGUUGUAGGCCCCCCGGAGGAUCCUAGGGAGACGAAAAGGCCUCCCCGAGAUGGAUCUCCAGGUCACGGAUUAGGGUAUGGAUCCAACAUAGUCGGGGUCAUCAAUACAAUCGCCGGAGGUCCAACGGGAGGGGACAGUCAGAACUCCCGGAAGAGGACCGACAGGCAAGCCAACCCGGAUCAGGCCGAGUCAAGCUCUCGCCUAUCCGAGGUGAUCUCCUACGGACCCGGUGAUCCUGUCCCAGCAGCCUCCAGUAGUCACGAGGCUUUGGUGAUUGAAGUGCUCACCAACAAUUAUAUCGUGAAGAAAGUCUACAUUGACCCGGGAAAUUCGGUGGACGUCAUAUACCUCCGCACGUUUGAUAACCUCAAACUGGCCUGGGAAAGCAUCACCCCGGUAAGAACCCCCUUGGUAGGGUUCGGGGGGCACGUUGUGCAUCCCGAAGGGAUGGUGACUUUGACAGUGACCGUGGGGCAUCACCCCAGGUGUCGAACCAUCCCAGUCAAUUUCGUGGUGGUUAAAGCUGACUCCCCGUACAACCUACUCCUGGGCCGACCUACGCUCAACGCUUUGCGAGCGGUAUACUCCACAUACCACUUGAGCUUCAAGUUUCCCACCCCCACAGGGGUCGCCGAGGUAAGCAGCGACGUCUGCGCUGCCCGGGAGUGCUACCUCGCCACUUUGCAAGCGGCCUCUCCAAUGACCUCUGAUAGAAGGUCCGAGAAGAGGUCAGACAUCCUGUCGAUAGAUUGCCUCGAUCCUCAGCAAGCUGAGAAGUUCCCGAGGCUGGAGACGGGGGACGAGGUGGAAGAAGUCUCCUUGAGUCCCACAAAGCCAGAUCAGAUCGUCCGCAUCGGUAUCCGUCUGUCUGGCCCAAUUAAGAAAGGGAUGGUGGAUCUCCUCAGAGAAUACCGUGACGUUUUCGCCUGGGCCGCAGAUGAGGUCCGUGGAGUCCCGCAUCACCUCAUGAUACAUGAACUGAAUGUCGAUCCCCAAGCCCGCCCGGUCAAACAGAAAAGAAGGCACCUCGGCCCUGAGCGCAGCCGAGCUGUGGGAGAAGAAGUGGACAAGCUCCUACCCGCUAAGAUAAUCCGGGAGGUCCAGUAUCCGACCUGGUUAUCCAAUCCGGUCAUGGUCAAGAAGGACCCGGGGGCUUGGAGGAUGUGCGUCGACUUCACCGACCUCAAUAAGGCCUGCCCCAAAGACUGCUACCCAUUGCCCAAGGUCGACACCUUGGUGGACUCGGCAAUGGGUUAUGAGAUCCUCUGUUUCCUUGAUGCCUUCAAGGGGUAUCACCAGAUCGGAAUGAGUCCAGAGGACCAGGAGAAGACGGCUUUUUACACUGACCGAGGCACAUACUGCUACACCACCAUGCCCUUCGGGCUGAAGAAUGCCAGGGCCACAUAUCAACGGCUGGUCAACCAGGCUUUCAAGUCCCAGAUCGGGCGAAAUGUCGAAACCUAUGUGGAUGACGUCCUCCUUAAGAGUCAGACGACCUCCACUUUCCUUUCCGACCUGAGGGAAGUCCUUGAGGUCUUUCGGGAAACCCGGAUAAUGCUAAACCCUAAAAAAUGUAUCUUUGGGGUCACUUCGGGAAAAUUUCUGGGCUACCUCGUCUCCCGACGAGGUAUAGAGGCAAAUCCUGAUAAAGUGAGAGCGAUCCAGGAGAUGUCUCUACCACGGUGUAUCCGUGACGUGCAGAGGCUUACGGGGCGGUUGGCAGCCCUGAACCGGUUCCUGUCGCAGUCAGCCUCCAAGGCAUUACCUUUCUUCAAGGUUCUCAAGAAGGCCGACAGCUUUUCCUGGACUGAGGAAUGUCAACAAGCCUUUGAGCAAUUAAAAGGAUACCUUCAUCACCUCCCAACACUCACCUCGCCUCGACCAGGGGACAAGCUGUUCUUGUACCUGUCUGCCGCGGCUGAGGCAGUAAGCGCAGUGCUGAUAAGGGAGGAAGGGGUACAGAUGCUCCGGGGUCCGGAAACCAGGACCGACCAGCCCCUCAGACAAGUCUUAUCCCGCCCUGAGGCUUCCGAGCGCCUCACUAAAUGGGCCAUCGAGUUGGGGGAGUACGACUUGUCUUACGAACCUCGUACAGCAAUCAAGGCUCAGGCUCUAGCGGACUUCCUGGCCGAGCUCACUUUUGAUGAGGUGAAUGAGACCACCUCGGCUAACACCCAGGCUACCGCCAAGCCUCAGCGGUGGAUUUUGCACGUGGAUGGCUCAUCUAACAGCGAGGGUAGUGGGGCAGGUCUGCUCCUCGAAGACCCCCAGGGAGAGAUCUGUUCUUACGCCUUAAGGUUUGACUUCGCCGCUUCUAAUAACGAAGCCGAAUACGAGGCAGUCAUUGCCGGGUUCCAGCUGGCUCGCAAACUCGGCGCCGGGCACAUCUUGGUUUACAGUGACUCUCAACUCGUCGUGUGCCAGAUACUGGGUGAAUAUGAGGCCAGAGAGGAGGUUAUGCAUCGCUACCUCUCCAAGGUCCACCAGUUGAUCGCCCACUUCGAGUCUUUUGAAAUCCAAAGGAUACCGCGGUCGCAGAAUAGGCGAGCUGAUGCCCUCUCCCGGCUCGCUUCCACCUCGUUCACUGACUUGAACAAGUCGGUCCUUGUGGAAGUUUUAGCCGAGUCGGGAUACUUGGAAGAAAUGGUGUGCCCAGUUUACCCCGGGGACACCUGGAUAGGCCCCUUGGUCCGAUUUCUUAGUCGGGGGAAACUCCCUGAUAACCGAGCUGAGUCGAGAAAGUUUCAGCGUAAAGCAGCUCGGUAUGCCCUUCGACAAGAUCUCUUAUACAAAAGAUCCUACCUCGACCCGUGGCUACGGUGUAUCACACCAGAGGAGGGUGAGCGGAUUCUCCAGGACAUACAUGAGGGACUCUGCGGAGUUCACGUCGGCCACCGAAUGCUCGUCAAAAAGGUUUUGUUGCUCGGGUAUUUCUGA